AUGGGCCGACGAUUUGACUGCGCCAAUGCUUUACAUCUGAAAAAUUUAGACCUACUAUCUGCAAAGCACGCACUUGACGUGAAAAGAGAUGCAUUUCCAGAGCCUAUGUUCGUCACGGCAAUGUCUGAGAAUCACUUCAAAGAAGGGCUAACAUUGAUUGCAAACAUCCGGAAACUGUGGCCGCAGAGAAAAAUCCUCGUGUACGAUCUGGGGAUAAAUCCUCAAUCAAUCAAGGAACUCGAGGCGAAGUGUCUCGUGGAAAUCCGCAAGUUCCCAUUUGAUGACUACCCACCUUAUGUGAAGAGCUUGGGCGAAUUUCGAUGGAAGCCUCUGAUAAUCGCGGUUCGUUCAGUCUUCGUCAUCACCUUUCUGACUCACUUUAUUCCAAGGAUCUGA